AGCGUGGUGUGGCGGUUCCUCAGGUAUAAGCCACGUGGUUUGGGUCAUUUCGGAGCAUUCCACCUCUUUUGCAUUUGGUGAAGGACUGAAGCUAACCGCUACCGGCAAAACCUGAACAAAAAUGGCAAAGCCAAGGGUCUUCUUCGACAUUACCGCCGAUGGUGCACCACUGGGGCGUAUUGUUAUGGAGCUCCGAGCUGAUGUUGUCCCCAAGACGGCAGAGAACUUCCGCGCCCUAUGCACUGGAGAGAAGGGUUUUGGGUACAAGGGUUCGUCCUUCCACCGUGUCAUUACUGACUUCAUGUGCCAGGGAGGUGACUUCACCCGGGGAAACGGCACCGGAGGAAAGAGCAUCUACGGCGAGAAGUUUGCAGAUGAGAACUUCCAGCUGAAGCACACUGGUGCGGGUGUCCUGUCCAUGGCUAAUGCUGGCCCCAACACCAAUGGUUCACAAUUCUUUCUGUGUACUGUAAAGACAGCAUGGCUGGAUGGCAAGCAUGUUGUGUUUGGGAGUGUCGUGGAAGGAAUGGAUGUGGUGAAGAAGGUAGAGGGCUAUGGAAGCAGCAGUGGAAAGACCUCCAAGAAGAUUGUCAUCGCUGAUUGUGGUCAGCUGUAAUGGGCACUGGCACAGUCCCUUUUUCCUAUCAUGCUAGAGUUCAAUUCAGAGGGUCCCAUACAUGUAUGUCUCUACUAGGGUCCAAUCAUGAUAUUGUAGACAAAGUUGCAAUGCUGUAUGUGUAGCUGUACAGUUCUCUCCAUACCCCUCAUGUACACCUGACAUAUGUAUGCUGUCUUGUAGGUCAUCACCAAGUGCAGGGUUGGUCAUAACCAAGUGUAGGCUUAACACAACAGAUAAGAUAGAAAAUAUGGACUAAUUUGCUCCUACCUUCUAUGAUACUGAGUAACACAUUAAACAGUGAAACCUUCAAACCCACUAGUGCACAUAAGCUUGUCCCACAUCUCUACAUAGAAAGUAAAAUCAACUAAUGAAUAGUAGGCUCAUGCAAUCCAUGCAGUCAGGAUUAACAGGCUGGAGACUUUCCUCCGUAUCAUCCUCUCCUUAUUUGUCUGGAUAACCAAUUUUAUGUCAGAAAUGUUGAGAUUUUGAUGUAUUUUUGCUCUCGUUUCACCUGUGUAUAGACACCAAACAUGAGAGUGUACCUGAUGGCAGUGGAACAUAACUGUGCAAUCUUGUACUUCAGUAUCAUGUUAGAAGAGGAGUAGUAAUAAUCAACCUCCUUCCAUGUAUGGAGUUUUCAAAAACUUCAUUUCAAAUGGAAACAGUACAAGACAGUUUAGAUCCCACCCCUGCCCUAUGUUCAGUGGAUGUUGUGUCGUACCCAUUGAGCUGCCCUUUGUGUUCCUAAUCAAUUCACUGUGGCUCAUUAAACUUUCUAUCACCCCACAGAA